AUGGCUGAGCCCCGUUCAGAAGCCUACUGGAACGCUGGGCGCCAGGGCGGGCUGGGGGUGGGGCGGGCACUUUGCGAAGAGAGCAGCCUCAAUCUCCCCGAGCCCCGGAACGCGGGGCGGAGGGAGGCCCGCUACAUUCAUCCCCUGCCUUGCUUGCUCACUAGGGGCUCCAUCCGCCUCCGAUGUCCGCCCCCCACCCCCCCGCCAUCCACCGGGUGUUCGCGAGGGAUCGAGAAGGCGCCUCGAUCCUCCCAGAUCUCCGAAUCUGAACGUGCUAACGGUGCCACCCACCCCAGUCUGGGUUCAGAUGCUCGCCCCCAGGUGCCCUCCGAGCUCCCCCCACCGCAUGCUGGUGGGGUGGGCUUUCUGGAAUGCAGCGAGCCGGGCGGCUCCAGCCCCCACAUCUCCCGGGGCCGGGGGCCGGUUUGCUUACCCCACGUCCUGGGCUGCGGCCCGGUGCCAAGGGCUUUUGUUCGCAGCUCGCCGCUGUCCCCUGCGCUUCUUCAGUCUCUGUGCCGGCGGGGUCGGGUUACUGCCGGCUGCAGCCAAGAAAGGAGCCCCAGCUGCCACCACCAGGGUCUCUCCAUGGGGUCGGCGAGGGGGACGCACACGCCCCAGACACUACCUACGUGUAGGAGCUGGAGUGCGACAAAUUUCUCCGUAAAAUAA